UGCUGCCUUCCGGCUUUCUAGCUGGUGUCGGCUUGGAGAGAUCUGGCUUAGCAGGGCUUUGCAGUUCCCCAACAGAGAAAUCUUGAAAAGGACUGACCAGUUCUUGCAUUUUGAAACGAUGGCCCAUACCCUGCUUGUUCACUCCAUCCCUGAGUGCAACCCCUGUGUGGCCCUGCAUGACGUGUGGUGUUCUCCUCCCCUGGGCUGGUUCAGUGACAUUCAGGGAUGUGGCCAUAGACUUCUCACAGGAAGAAUGGGAAUUCCUGGACUCAGCUCAGAGGGACUUAUAUAGGGAUGUGAUGUGGGAGAAUUACAGCAAUUUCAUCUCACUAGCAGAACCUUCCAUUUCUAAACCAGAUGUGAUUACUUUACUGGAUGAAGGGAAGGAGCCCUGGAUGGUUGUAAGGGAAGGGACCAGAAGACACUGCUCUGAUUUGGAGUCCAGAUACAGGACCAAUACUUUAUCUCCAGAAAAGGACAUUUAUGAAAUAUAUUCAUUCCAGUGGGAGAUAAUGGAAAGAAUUAAAAGCUAUAGUCUUCAGGACUCGAUUUUUAGAAAUGAUUGGGAAUGCAAAGGCAAGAGUGAGGAGCAAAAGGAAUCACAGGGGCGAUAUUUUGGGCAAGUGAAAAUUACUUCUGAAAAAAUGACCACUUACAAAAAGCACAAUUUUCUUGCUGAAUAUCAGAGAGUUCAUAAUGGAGAAAAGUUAUAUGAAUGUAAGGAAUGUAGGAAGACCUUUAUUCGUCGCUCAACACUUAGUCAACACCUGAGAAUUCAUACUGGUGAGAAACCUUAUAAAUGUAAGGAAUGUGGGCAGGCAUUUAGGCAGCGAGCACACCUUAUUCGACAUCACAAACUUCAUACUGGUGAGAAGCCCUAUGAAUGUAAGGAAUGUGGGAAGGCCUUUACAGUGCUCCAAGAACUUACUCAACAUCAGAGACUUCAUACUGGUGAAAAGCCCUAUGAAUGUAAGGAAUGUGGAAAGGCCUUCAGAGUCCAUCAGCAACUUGCUCGACAUCAGAGAAUUCACACUGGUGAGAAACCCUAUGAAUGUAAGGCAUGUGGGAAGACCUUUAGGCAGUGUACACACCUUACCCGACAUCAGAGACUUCAUACUGCUGAGAAACUCUAUGAGUGUAAGGAAUGUGGGAAGGCCUUUGUAUGUGGUCCAGACCUUAGAGUACAUCAGAAAAUUCAUUUUGGUGAGAAACCUUAUGAAUGUAAAGAAUGUGGAAAGGCUUUUAGAAUAUGCCAACAACUUACGGUCCAUCAGAGUAUUCAUACUGGUGAGAAACCCUAUGAAUGUAAGGAAUGUGGGAAGACUUUUAGACUAAGGCAACAACUUGUUCGCCAUCAGAGAAUCCAUACUCGUGAGAAACCCUAUGAAUGUAUGGAAUGCUGGAAGACCUUUAGUAGUUACUCACAACUUAUUUCACAUCAGAGCAUUCAUAUUGGUGAAAGACCUUAUGAAUGUGAAGAAUGUGGGAAGGCCUUUAGAUUGCUCUCACAACUUACCCAGCAUCAGAGUAUUCAUACUGGUGAGAAACCUUAUGAAUGUAAAGAAUGUAGGAAACCUUUUAGACUGCUCUCACAACUUACUCAGCAUCAGAGUAUUCAUACUGGUGAGAAACCUUAUGAAUGUAAGGAAUGUGGUAAGGCUUUUAGACUUUAUUCAUUCCUUACUCAACACCAGAGAAUUCAUACUGGGGAGAAACCCUACAAAUGUAAAGAAUGUAAAAAGGCCUUUAGACAACAUUCACAUCUUACUCAACAUCAGAAAAUUCAUAAUGGAGUUUAAUACAAGAAAGCUUUCAGUUGUACAUUAUAUUACAGGAUCUCUAAAUCAUUUUUGAGAAUUUUGCUUCAUGACUCAGCUAAGCAUAAGAAAUUUUAUAUUACUGAAAAAAAUAUGUUGCUUUAAAAGCCUUCUAUGACCAAACAUUGUUUAUCUUCAACAAAUUGGUAUGAGGGAAUAAUACAAUGAAUGUAGGAAAAUCUUCAGCCUUAUCUAUCAUUAUCCCCAUUUCACUCCUUUAUUACCAGUGCAUUAUUGGACAAGGUACUUAAACUUCUGUGCCUCAUUUUGCUCACUUAUAAAAUGGUGAUAAUAGUACCUAUGUAUAUUAGUUAUUUAUUGCUCUGUAAUAAAUUGCCACAAACUUAGUAGCUUAAAAUAAUACACAUUAUCUCACAAUCUCUAUGGGUCAGGUGUCUGGGCAUAACUUUGGUGGGUCCUCUGCUUCAUGGUCUCUCAAAAAGCUAAACUAAAGGUUUUAGCCAGGGUGGGGUCUCAUCUGAAGGCUCAACAGGGGAAGGGAUCCAUUUCCAAUCUCACAUGGCUGUUGGUUUCUAGCUGGUUGAAGGCUGACCUUAGUUCCUUAUCACAUGGACUUCUUCAACAUGACUGCUUAUUAAGUGUGCAAGCUAAGAGUGCAGUAGUCUACUAGCAUCAUAGAAGCAGUAAUCUUCUGUGACCUAAUCACCAAAAUAAUACCUUUUAGGACACCUUUGCUGUCUUCUACGGGUUAGAAGUAAGUUACUGUGUCACCCCACAUUCAAAGGUAGAGGAUUACACAAGAAUAUGAAUACCAGGCUGUAGGGACCAUUUCAGAGUCAGCCUCCCACACUGUGUAAUAGGAUUGUCUUAAGGAUUAAGUAGUUAAUGCUUGGAAAAAUAGCUACAUAGCAUGUUUUCUGUAAAUAUUACCUACAGUUGUUAUCAUUAGUAUUAGUGAAUUCAUACGAAAGGAAUUUACUGUAGAUGUAGAAAAUGUAGAAAUGCCUCAUGUCAUUGCUCAGCACUUACUAAACUUAAGAUAAUUUAUUCCAGAUAAAAUCUAGGAGGUUAUAUUGAAUGCGAGGAUUUCAUCAUUUGAGCCGCAUCUGUCAUUUCAUGCUGAAAAGAAACCUUACAAAUUUCAUGAAUGUGAGGUUAAGCAUACAAAAAUUAAAGAAUCAGAAAAAUUUUGAAAUUAUUUUCCCAUAAUAAAUUCCAAAAAGUAAAUGUUUUGGAAUUCCUGUUUGACCACUGUUAAAGAUUAAUUAGAAACAUCAAAAAGAUGGCAGAAACUAACCAGUUGGAAAUUUAAUAUUGUGUGUAUAUGUGCACCUGUGUGUGUAUGUUUGUAUGUAAAAAUCAUAUAAAAGAAAGAUCAUUCCAUUUCAGGCAGUAUACGGUGUGUUGCUCAAAUUGCCCCAUCAUCAACCAGUGGGAGUUGAGUCGUUUGCCAUGACCCCACUUGUAGUUUGAUAGUUUACUUGUUUACAGCUGCACUGUAUGGUCAGCAAUCAAAGAUGCUUGGGCACCAACUCAUUCUGAAAACUGAUAAGGGGUAAAAUAAGCAUUUAUUUUGCUUUUUCCAUGUGAACGAACUUUCAGGGCCACCAAAAGCUCCUCAAAUUAAAACGUUUUUGUUUCGUUUCAUUUGUAAGAAAUCAGUAAAUACAGAAUGAAUGAUAGGAUCAGAAAAAUUACUAUUUUCUAGUUCCCUAAUGGAAUAAUGGGUCCAGAAAAUUAUCUUUGGUGGAUAUUAAAACUAUUGGGUGAAAUAUUUUAUAGUGAGAACUUUACAGUGGAUUUAUCAAGCUGACCACCUCUGAAUCCUUUGAUCAAUUUUAACCUCUAUAAAAGUGGGACUAUCAGAUAAUAUCCACAUCCUGAUAAAAUGCAAUAGGAAAUACCACUGCCUACAAAGCCUUACUGCCAAAACAGUGAACUGAAGGAAGCAAGCCUUUGAAUCAAACUCUUUAAAAAUGAGAAUUUGGGGGAUAGAGGAACAGAGUUAAUGGCACCAAAAGGAAGUAGCCAAGCAGAUCCAGAAUGUGUAAAAUUCUACAAAACAAGUGACCCUGAUUUCUUCAACUAAGUGGCAUGAAAAAGAAAAGGGGAAGAGCAACAGUUACAGAUUGAGAGACUACAGAGAUCUAUCAACUAAAUUCAGCAUGUGGGCAUUGCUUUGACCUAAUUUGAACAACAUGUAAAAAGACAUUUUGGAGACAGUGGGAAAAUGUGGAUGUGCUUUGAGUAUUAGUUGAUAUUUAGAAAUACUAAUUUUGUUAGGGAUGAUAAUAUCAGUGUGGUUAAAAGAGAAGAGGUUCUAUGUGUUAGAGAUACAUAUAUAUUUAAGAAAUGGUAAGACACCAGAUUUGCAUUUGAAUACUCCAGGAAAAGAAAAAAGAAUUGGCAAAGAGAGCUGGGAAGUAGAUUGGCAAAAUGUUGAUAAUUAUUGAAGAGAGUGGUUUGUAUUGGGUUUUUUGUUUUUUGGGGGAGUUUAUUGUUCUAGUAUUUCUACUUUACGUGUUUGAAAGUUUCAGUAAUAAAAUGUUUAAGAUCAAAA